AUGUCUGAUUUUGUUGAGUUGGUUCUUACAACAUUAACUUCGCAAGGCAAGUUUGAUUCUUUAAAUUUGUCCGAGAAGUUGUCGAUCGAUCACCAGAAGAUUGUUGGCGCCGUUAAAAGUUUGCAGUCCUUAGGAGAUGUGAUCAGCACAGAGCAGACGAGUCAGACAAGAUGGCAGCUGACCCCAGAAGGUCAAGAGGUCAUGGAGAGGGGAAGUCACGAGGCUGUUGUUUUCAGAAAUGUUCCAGAAGGGGGUAUUAGGCAGGAUGAUUUGAUGAAUUUGGUUGGUUCGUCGUAUGGCAAGAUCGGUUUCAGUAAGGCUAUGUCUUCAAAUUGGAUAAGUAUCGACAAGAAGGCAGAUGGGGGACCAAGGGUUUUAAGAAAGGUUGAAACGAUAGAAGAUCAUGUACAAAAACAAUGCAGGUUAGUACGGGGUGGCCAAAUUGACCAGCUGACUGACCAGCAGAAAAAUGAACUUAAAAAAAGAAAACUGAUCUCAGAAAUAAAGUUGACGUCGUAUGUAGUCAGCAUGGGCAGCAACUUCACGACGAACAUUGAGAAGCAGGAAACUGAUCUGACCCAGGAAAUGAUUACAAGUGGUGCCUGGAAGACGAAGCAGUUCAAGGCCUACAACUUUAGUGCAAAAGGUCUCGACCUACACGGGGGCCACCUACACCCCCUCCUCAAAGUUAGAACACAGUUCAGGCAGAUCUUUCUAGAAAUGGGUUUCACAGAAAUGCCAACCAACAACUUUGUGGAGAGUAGUUUCUGGAACUUCGAUGCCCUUUUCCAGCCUCAACAGCACCCUGCCAGAGAUGCACAUGAUACAUUUUUUGUAUCUGACCCUGAACACGCCAGGGACUUUCCAAUGGAGUACAUGGAGAGGGUGAAAAAGGUACACAGUGUAGGUGGCUAUGGUUCUCUCGGGUACCGAUACAACUGGAGUGAGCUAGAAGCGUCGAAGAACAUCAUGAGGACGCACACGACUGCCGUGUCAGCCAGGAUGCUUUAUCAGCUGGCUAUCCAGCCAACCUUCACUCCAUCUAAAUUCUUUUCGAUUGAUCGAGUCUUCCGUAACGAGACCCUGGAUGCCACCCACCUCGCUGAGUUCCACCAGAUCGAAGGUCUGGUGGCCGACUACGGGCUGACCCUGGGUGACCUUAUGGGGUACAUUCAGGAGUUCUUUAAAAAGUAUGGAAUUCAGAAGUUGAAGUUCAAGCCGGCCUACAAUCCUUACACAGAGCCAUCAAUGGAAGUUUUCAGUUACCAUGAAGGACUAAAAAAGUGGGUGGAGAUAGGAAAUUCUGGAGUGUUCCGACCUGAACUUCUGUUGCCCAUGAACCUUCCUCCACAUGUGUCUGUCAUUGCUUGGGGUUUGUCCUUGGAGAGACCAACCAUGAUUAAAUACGGAAUCCAGAACAUCAGGGAUCUGUUUGGACCGAAAGUUGAUUUGCAGAAAAUUUACGAUAGCCCCAUUUGCAGAUUAGGUUCAUGA